AUGGCCAUAAGUUUGUGGGUAGUGCGAAGCAUCGAGGCUUCUUCUCUUGAAAUUGUUGUUUUAGAAUUUCAAAAUGCAACAGCUGAAGUUAGUCAAAUAGUGUUCUACUUGCUCGGCGCAAUGACCAUUGUGGAGAUAAUUGAUGCUCAUCAAGGGUUUAAGCUGGUUACAGAUUGUAUAACAACCCGAAAACCGAAGCUACUAUUAUGGAUGAUUGGUUUUGUGACAUUUUUCCUCAGUUCGGUUCUUGACAACCUAACAACUACCAUUGUUAUGGUUUCUUUAUUGAUGAAAUUGGUUCCUCCAUCAGAAUACCGCAAACUUCUAGGGGCAGUUGUGGUUAUAGCAGCAAAUGCAGGAGGAACUUGGACUCCAAUUGGUGAUGUUACUACAACUAUGUUAUGGACACAUGGCCGCAUAUCAGCAUUUCCUACUAUGAAGUAUCUUCUUCUACCUUCAAUGGUUUCUCUUGUUGUUCCAUUGGUCCUCAUGUCAUUUUCCAGCGAGGUAAAUGGAAUGGGAUAUAAUACUUCUUGUAGUGUAGUACUACCUUAUGAACAAAUGGCUCCAAAAGCAAAGCUUGUAGUUGGAGUUGGCCUUGGAGCUUUAGCUUUUGUCCCAGUGUUUAAAUCGUUAACCGGGUUACCUCCUUACAUGGGUACCUUGUUGGGUCUUGGAGUUCUUUGGAUUUUGACAGAUGCAAUUCAUUAUGGUGACUUAGAAAAACAAUAUCUAAAAGUUCCACAUGCUUUAUCUCGGAUCGACACACAAGGAGUUAUGUUUUUCCUUGGUAUUUUGUUAUCUAUUAGCAGUCUUGAAGCGGCUGGAAUUCUCAAAGAGAUUGCAUACUAUCUUGAUGCUUAUAUACACAGUGUUGAACUCACUGCAAGCAUUUUUGGUGUUGUAUCAUCUAUUAUAGAUAAUGUACCAUUGGUUGCAGCAACUAUGGCGAUGUAUGAUCUCUCGACAUUUCCUAAAGAUUCCGAGUUUUGGCAACUCAUUGCCUUUUGCGUUGGAACUGGUGGUUCCAUGCUUAUUACUGGAUCUGCUUCUGGAAUAACUUUUAUGGGUAUGGAGAAAGUUGAUUUCUUUUGGUAUUUUCGUAAGGUGAGUGGGUUUGCUUUUGCUGGUAUUGUCACUUACUUCGCGGUUCACAAUCUCUUUGUUGAGCUUCCAACAAAUGAAGUUCACAACCCUUUGUUCUUCGAUUCAUAG